GACACACAAGCAGGAAUAUCUCAGAAGGACAUCUAAUGUUAUCCCCGGAUUGUGACAUAAAAGAUAAUGACAGUAGACAGGAUUCUCCAGGAGAUAACCCCAUUACCCCAAUUAUACAUCCAGCUCUAUCAGCUGAUCCCUCUGAUCCUGGGAAAUGUUCUCCUGAUCACUCUGAUAUUGGUGCAUCUGUUACAGCUCUGACAGUAGAUACAGUGUUUCCCUGUUCUGUAGAUGCCAAAUGUUUUACACAGAACACAAAGAUAAUUAAGCAACAGACAGGUAAGUCAGGUGAGAGGACACUGAUAUGCUCUGAGUGUGGGAAAUGUUUUGCAUGGAAAUCACAUCUUGUUAAACAUCACGUAAGUCACACAGGUGAGAAGUCAUUUCCAUGCUCUGAGUGUGGGAAAUGUUUUGCACGGAAAUCACAUCUUGUUAUACAUCAGAAAAGUCACACAGGUGAGAAGCCAUUUUUUUGCUCUGAGUGUGGGAAAUGUUUUGCACAGAAAUCACAUCUUAUUAAUCAUGAGAGAAGUCACACAGGUGAGAGGCCAUUUUCUUGCUCUGAGUGUGGGAAAUGUUUUGCACUCAAAUCAGAUCUUGUUAUACAUCAGAGAAGUCACACAGGUGAGAAGCCAUUUUCUUGCUCUGAGUGUGGGAAAUGUUUUGCACGGAAAUCACAUCUUGUUAUACAUCAGAAAAGUCACACAGGUGAGAAGCCAUUUUCUUGCUCUGAGUGUGGGAAAUGUUUUACACGGAAAUCAGUUCUUUUUAGACAUCGGCAAACUCACACAGGUGAGAAUCUAUUUCCAUGUUCGGAGUGUGGGAAAUGUUUUGCACUCAUAUCCAAUCUUGUUAGACAUCAAAGAAGUCACACAGGUGAGAAGCCAUUUUCUUGCUCGGAGUGUGGGAAAUGUUUUGCACAGAAAUCACAUCUUAUUAAUCAUGAGAGAAGUCACACAGGUGAGAGGCCAUUUUCUUGCUCUGAGUGUGGGAAAUGUUUUGCACUCAAAUCAGAUCUUGUUAGACAUCAGAGAAGUCACACAGGUGAGAAGCCGUUUUCUUGCUCUGAGUGUGGAAAAUGUUUUGCACACAAAUCAGAUCUUGUUAGACAUCAGAGAAGUCACACAGGUGAGAAGCCAUUUUCUUGCUCUGAGUGUGGGAAAUGUUUUACACGGAAAUUAGUUCUUUUUAGACAUCAGCAAACUCACACAGGUGAGAAUCUAUUUCCAUGUUCUGAGUGCGGGAAAUUUUUUGCACAGAAAUCACAUCUUGUUACACAUCAGAGAAGUCACACAGGUGAGAAGCCAUUUUAUUGCUCUGAGUGUGGGAAAUGUUUUACCCAGAAAUCAAGUCUUAUUAUACAUCAGAGAAGUCACACAGGUGAGAAGCCAUUUCCAUACUCUGAGAAAUAAAUCAGCUCUUGUUGCACACAAUAGACAUCACUCAGGUGAGGAACCAUUUUAAUCUUCUGGAGUAUACUUAUCAUUGCCAUGCGUUGUUCUUCAAGGUUCUUAUCAUAUCUCCUAUGCUUUUUGCAAUAUACAUACUACUGGUGGGUGAAAUAAUCUUCACACCACGUACAGCAAUAUAUGCUUUAUGGCAGGCAUGUCCAAACUGCGGCCCUCC